AUGAGCGCUAACACGGGCCUUCAGGCGCCAUGUGGAGGGUGUGGUGACGACGCCGGACCAAUACAUCGCUGCCCUUCGUGCUUUGUGCACAUGCAUCCGUUUUGCGGCACUGCCGUUGGAGCCGAAGGUUUUGGUCAGUUCAUCUUGUGCCCGGCCUGCCAAACCAAGGAGCAGGAGCCGCCACCAGCAUCUCCGAUCGUGGCAGCACUGUCUCUCCAGAAAGAGCGCGGCAAGGUUGCCGACAAAGGGGGUGCUACUGAGUGUCCGCAAUAUCAUAGCAUUGAUCUUGCAUCAUUUAAUGAGGAAACGAAAUCAGAGGAUGGGGACGAACCUCCACUUGCCCAUGAUGACACUGAGGUUUCUGACGUCCCGGAAACCGAAUUAGGCCGCUCUACGCUGCGUGUCAGCACAAUCCAACAGCGCCGGCGCGUGAUUGCAUGGUUGGAAAGCUACAUGAAGAAGAAAGGAAAGAAGAACAUGUGUGCCCGUGCUGUUGACGAGUUUCCCGAUGUUUUCAUCUCAGCCACCCGCAAUGCGAAUUUGAGCAAGGCCAUCAAUUGGUGGAAAAAGCGGGAGACAUUUGCGAAGGUGGCGCGCGAGUUUGACUUCCUUCGUAAGCUCGGACUUAAGUUCGAUUAUGGACUGUUACGUCAGUUGGCGUUGCGUAUGCUGCGCCGACCGGGUGCCCCAGAGGCGGACGCGAAUGGCGUAUUGCUGGAAAAGAAGAUUAACACGCGCUGGGUGCAGUCGUUCAUGGAAACCCACAACAUCAUACUUCGAGCGCAAUCCGGGAAACGCUAG